ACACACCAAAACAAUUUUUAGAGAGAGAGAGAGAAUACUGAAAUGCAGAGCUUCAAAGCUUCUGUAAUUCCCCCUGUUUCUCUCCCCAACUCCUCAGACAUGUAUUGCAACUCUGCUUUUUACCUCAGAGGUGACGAAGGUGGUAGAAAUGGUGGCGGGCGUUUCUUGGAUAUAGGCGAACUUGACAACUCUGCUCCCUUUCAUCAAGAAGAUGCUGUUGAUUUAACCAGAAGCUCAAUUUAUAAUGAAAUGAGACUAAGCAAUGCCUCCAUUGUUUCUCCUAAUAGCUUACACUUUGCUGAUAUCAACACGAGCAUUGGGUCAACGGAAAUGGGAUCAUCGGAAACAGGGGUGGAUGCGGGGAGGUUUAUGAUGCAGAGAGGCGGCGCCACCGCACUGAUGGGUGGCAGAGUUUUAGGUGGUGGUGGCGGUGGCGGUUUGGGAAAUGGGAGUUUUGAGAACUGGGGAGAGUCUGGUGGCACGGCAGAGCACAGCCAGCAGACUGACACCUCCACAGAUGUCGAUACUGAAGAGAAAAUUCAGAGCCUUGGAGUCCAGCAUGGUUCUGUACUAGUUGUGGAUUCAAUGGAGCAGUCAAAAGGGGGGAGACUUGGGGAGCCAAAGACACUUCGUAGACUAGCCCAGAACAGAGAAGCAGCACGCAAGAGCCGGUUGAGGAAGAAAGCGUAUGUUCAACAGCUCGAGACUAGUAGGCUCAGGCUUACACAACUAGAGCAGGAACUUAAACAAGCCCGCCAACAGGGAGCAUUUGUUGCAAACGGGUUCGUUGGAGACAAGAGCCCUUCGACAACUAUUGGAAAUGGGGCAUUGGCAUUCGACAUGGAAUAUGCACGCUGGCUCGAAGAGCAUCAACGUCUUACCAACGACUUGAGAUCAGCUGUGAAUUGUUUGGUGGGAGAUAACGAGCUCCGCCUUCUUGUCGAUGGAGUGAUGUCCCAUUACGACGAAAUAUUUAGGCUGAAGAGCAUGGGUGCAAAGUCGGACGUGUUUCACAUGUUGUCGGGGAUGUGGCUAACCCCAGCAGAGAGAUGUUUUAUGUGGCUAGGCGGGUUCCGGUCCUCUGAGCUCCUUAAAAUACUAGGAAACCACUUGGAACCUUUGACAGAACAGCAGUUAGUGGGCAUAUGCAACUUGCAGCAGUCUUCCCAGCAGGCCGAGGACGCGCUGUCGCAAGGGAUGGAGGCGUUGCAGCAGCUGCUCGUCGAGACGCUGUCGUCCACCUCCCUCGGGCCUAAUGGCUCGGGCAAUGUGACGGACUACAUGGGGCAGAUGGCGAUCGCCAUGGGGAAGCUAGCCACUAUCGAAAACUUCCUUCAUCAGGCUGAUUUGCUGAGGCAGCAGACAUUGCACCAACUGCAUAGAAUCUUGACGACUCGUCAAGCUGCUCGGGCCCUCCUUGCCAUCAACGAUUACAUGUCGAGGCUUCGGGCUCUCAGCUCGCUAUGGUUAGCUCGUCCCAGAGAUUGCUGAUCGAGGAGAUGAUAGUUUGAACACCCGCAAUAGUACUACUAUAUAAGAUAUUUUGGUGUUUUAAACCUUUAAUUUGUCAAUCUUUUUUCUUUAAUUUGGUCUGUAGUGUAAAUUAACAACUCUUAUUCACUCUCUAGAUGCAUGUUGGGUUUUUAUUUUUAA